UGAGUCUGCCUGAAGAAUGAAAGAGAAACUGCCCUGUCCAACCAAGCUCCUUGCACCAACCCUUCCCUCCAAGUCUAUUUUAUAAUGCGACGCAAGGUUACAGAGUCCACGCGAAAACUGCUCUCCCAGUUCCCCUCUGCCCAUGCCUGCGUCUCUAGCGAGCUAGAUUUCAGGUGACCGAACGUCUCCCGGCUGCUGCUUCUGGCCUGUGGCACCGCGUCUCUGGCUUUCUUGUCUCUGAAAGCCGGAUUUCCCAGGUCUUCCUCCCGGAGAUGUCCCGCGCUCUGCCCGCCUGUGCCCGGCCUGCGGCAGAGCGGUUCGAGCGUCAGGGCGGGCGCUAGGACCGGGCGGAGCGGGGCGGCCGCCGCGCUACCUUAAACCCGGCCCAAUGCCGCCGCCUGCGCCACUCUGCGCGCCGGCGGGGGCUGCGCAGGAGGAGCGCUCCGCGGCCACGGCGCUGCGCGGCCCGCGCGGCGACACCUGUUCGCGGCAGCCCGGGCAGCACGCGAGCUCCGGGACGCGGUCCUCGCCCGCCGCUUGCCGCUCGCCUCAUUGCAAGCCUCUGGACCUCCGCAGAGCCUCUGCAGCGUUCUGGAUACUAGCUUUGGACGCCGAAAGUUUUUUUCUUCUUUUUGUUAUAUUAUCCUUAUUUUUUAGAGGAGGGACUGGGAGGAGAGAUUUGUCGCCGCCGCCAACGUGAGGUUUUUUUUUUUUUUUCCUCCCCCUUGAAGGAUUCAUGCUGAUGUCUGCAGAGUCGGUUAGAGAGUAAAAACAGCGCAUGCCUUUCUGGAGUCAGGAUCCGUAAAUUCUGACGUAGCCCGAGCAUCUUAAAAAUCCCUGUAAUAUCGCCCAAGCACUUACGUUGCUAUGGUCAUUCUGAUCUCUAAGCAAAUGGAGAAACUACGGAUUUUUUUCCCUUAUUACGGUCGGAUGGGGUGAAGACCUUUCUGCCUGCUGAGAGCCGAGGCUCCAUAUGUAGCGAUGCAUAGCUGUGCUGAUCAGUGUCAGUGUGUGAGUAUAAAGUGGUGGCUUCUUAGACUAUCAGUGGUUUGACCUUGAACCUGUGCCAGAAAAACAGCAGAUUACUUUUAUUUAUGCAUUGGAUGGAUUGAAGAAAAGAACCCCUCUUUCCCUCUCUCUCUGCAACUACGGCAAGGGAGGGGAGUUGGAUAUACCUCGCCUAGUGUCUCCUGGUUGAAACGAUCAUUAUUGUUUAUUCUUGUGCUUAAAAGCCGAGUCCUCUGAUGGCUCCCUUAGGUGAAGUUGGGAGCUAUUUCGGUGUGCAGGACGCGGUACCGUUCGGGAACGUACCGGUGUUGCCGGUGGACAGUCCGGUGUUGCUAAGUGACCACCUGGGUCAGUCUGAAGCAGGGGGGCUGCCCCGGGGACCGGCAGUCACGGACUUGGAUCAUUUAAAAGGGAUUCUCAGGCGGAGGCAGCUGUACUGCAGGACUGGAUUUCACUUAGAAAUCUUCCCCAACGGUACUAUCCAGGGAACCAGGAAAGACCACAGCCGAUUCGGCAUUCUGGAAUUCAUCAGUAUAGCGGUUGGGCUGGUCAGCAUUCGUGGCGUGGACAGUGGACUCUACCUCGGCAUGAAUGAGAAGGGAGAGCUGUACGGAUCAGAAAAACUAACACAAGAGUGUGUAUUCCGAGAACAGUUUGAAGAGAAUUGGUACAACACCUAUUCUUCCAACCUGUACAAACACGUGGACACCGGAAGGAGAUACUAUGUUGCAUUAAAUAAGGAUGGGACUCCAAGAGAAGGGACCAGGACUAAACGGCACCAGAAAUUUACACACUUUUUACCUAGACCAGUGGACCCCGACAGAGUACCUGAACUAUAUAAGGAUAUUCUAAGCCAAAGUUGACAAAGACAGUGUCUUCACUUGAGCCCUUAGAACAUAACCACUAUCAAUGCUUCCCUGCCGUGGGUUCUUAUUGAUUAGCAGGGCCUUCACCUCAGCUCCACUGUUGGCAAACUUUGUCGCAUGCAUAUGUAUGAGGGAAGCUUGGAUGGGGACUUGCUGAUCUGCUCCGCUCUUAGGGGCUGGUCCUCCUGGAGGGCUGCCUGGGGCCACUUGCUUGAUUUAUUGUGAAAGCAGGGGAGAGGCUGUGUGAGAGGGUGUGAGUACCUGAGCGGGUGAGGCGAGGGGGACAGCAGCGCGCCAAGAGGACAACGGCCUGAUGCAUGCUGGGAAAUAGACAUGCUUUUACAUUUUUGAUCAGUUGAACUUCAUCCUAUAUCAGCACAGCUGCCAUACUUCAACUCAUCAGGAUUUUUGGCUGGUGGCCUGCUCAAGGAGCACGCCUCUCCACAGGCGUGGAGGGCGCAGUCUCACUGAAAAGACUGUCAGCUCAUUCUCACUGAUAUCAUACAGUGAACUCAAAGCAAAGACCUCUUAGUUUAAAAGAAAAAAAAAAGAAAGAAGAAAAGAGGAAAAAAAAAGAAAAAAAGAAAAAAGAAAAAAGGUUAAAUUUAUUUAUAGAGAUUCCAAAGGCAACAUUUUAUUUAUUUUAUAUAUUUAUUUAUUAUAUAGAGUUUAUUUUUAAUGAAAUAUGUACAGGCCAGAUAGGCAUUUUGGAAGCUUUAGGCUCUGUAGGUGUUAAAUGGCAAAGUCUGCUAUGAACCUGUGGUAACUUCAUGCAAGUAGGUAUCCAAGAAAUUCUAAUGGCCCUAAUGUACUAGAGGCGACAAUCUAUUUUGUGCCCAUAUUAUUGUAAACUUCUGCACAUCGCUCACGACACUGAGUAUUCACUCUUCAGAUCGCUUGUUUCAUAGCUUACCCCAGAGGAUUAAAGAUAAACUGGGUCUCAACCCUUCAUUCCGUGUCUGUAAUUUUCCUCUCUCGUAACUCAGUGUAAGCGGGGCUUGGAGUGUACGAAGGCUGGCGUACGUCUUCCUUGUUUCAAUCUAUUGCAGAGUGUACCAAAGCAAAGCAAUAACUAUGCCUUUUGAAUUUCAGACCACGUCCACGACAGCAAGACGAACGUCAAACACGGCACUGAUUUAAAAUUACCAAGGGAGUGGAAACAUUUACGCAGUACAGAUUUUUUCUUCUUCCUCCUCUUCCUCCUCCUCUUCCUCUCUCUCUCUUUUGAGGCAAAAGUCAGAUGAACAGGAUCAUUCUUGUAAAGUUUUUAUUUGUGUUUUGGCUAUCAAAUAUGGAAUUAUACAAGGACCUUAGGGCCCAUUACAACAUCUUUUAUGGAGAUUGCGUUUGGUACGAACUGUCAUAAUUACACAGGGCUAGUACCCUUCAAGUAAAACUUGCAACAUGAAACCAAUAAAUCUUUAUCAGUAAUGACA